UCGUUGACACACAGCCGCCAAGUUCAGUCGAGUAAUGCGAACCGUCAGGCGAAGGGCGUUUCCAACGGCCACUUUAUAAAAUGGCUAGCUCGAGUGGUUCGGGGCACCAGUUGCUUCAGGCACGCAUCAUGAGCAGCGGCAGACACUUGGCAAAAGGCUCAGCGACGCCCGAUGUGCCCAAAGAUGGCAUUCUGCGAUUGUACUCGAUGCGCUUCUGUCCGUUUGCGCAGCGUGUGCAUCUGGUGCUGGACGCCAAACAGAUACCCUAUCACAGCAUUUACAUAAAUCUCACAGAGAAACCAGACUGGCUCUUUGAAAAGAAUCCGCUGGGCAAGGUGCCGGCGCUGGAGCUGGUGCGUGAGCCUGGCCCGCCCGUGCUGACCGAAUCGUUGCUCAUAUGCGAGUACCUCGAUGAGCAGUAUCCACUGCGACCGCUCUAUCCGCGUGAUCCGCUGAAAAAGGUGCAGGAGAAGCUGCUCAUUGAGCGCUUUGGAGCCGUUCUGGGCGCCUUCUUCAAGGCAUCCGAUGGCGGUGAGCUGGAGCCCUUCUGGUGCGGCCUGGACAAAUAUGAGCAGGAGUUGAGCAGGCGUGGCACGCCCUUCUUUGGCGGCGAACAAACUGGCAUAUUGGACUACAUGAUCUGGCCCUGGUGCGAGCGUCUGGAGCUGCUCCAGCUGCAGCGCGGCGAUGACUACAACUACGAUGAGCAGCGUUUUCCACAGCUGACGCUGUGGCUGGAGCGCAUGAAACGUGAUCCCGCUGUGAUGGCAUUCUAUAUGGAAGCUGAGGUGCAGGCGGAAUUCUUGCGUACGCGCAGCGCUGGCAAACCCAACUAUAAUCUUCUGGUGAAGGAUGCCUGAGCAGUGCCUGCAGCUUUAUUCACAUUUAAAGCAUCAAUAAAUUUCUUGAGCUAA